AUGGAUGGUGAUAAAAAGAAUGUAUCAUUCAAAAGGAUUAUAAACAAUCAAUAUCUAAGAACAAAGAUAUUCAAAUAUGUUGAAGAUAUUCAUGAUGGUAUACUGGAACGACAUGAAAUCGACCAUGAUACAACAAAGGAUGUUUCUUUGGUUGUAAAGAUACCACAAGUAACAACAUUGGAAGAGUUUAUUAGAAUCAAUCGUAUAGACUUGUUUAUCGAUCAUUUCGAUAGAGUUUAUGAUGCAAUGAAACAAUAUUCAAUUGGAGGAAAAGUGGAUCAUAAUGAUAUAUUUAAAUCUAUAUUAAUUAGAAUAUUUAAAAACGAUCAUUCAGAUGCAUUGGACUUUAUAUUGGAGAGAUUGACAUUUGAUCAUCGCACUGUAAUGUCUGCACUUCAAUUGGAAAAGUCAAUGUCGAUAGAGAUGUAUCAAGUUUUAAAGAAACGAAACUAUCACAUCAUUGUCAAUAGCAACAAAAAGGAAGAAUUUGUAUUCAUCAAGAGUAUGAUCUAUUGUCACAUCAAAUCAGGUGACAUUGCAAUAUUAAUGGAAUACGAUAUUGAUUGUAGAUUAUCACUAUUUAUGGUUGCAAUUGAAACAUCAAAUCAAGAAAUACUGCGGCGGAUCAAAGAUAGUUUUAAAAGUCUGGAAGAGUUUCAAGACUUUUAUCAUGUAAAGAAUCAGACGAUUGAAAGAUGGGCAACGAUGGAUACGUUAAAGUUGAUUGAAUACAAACCGCCACUAUCGUUUGAACACCACAAUCAACCAUCGACUGAACCAUCUCAAUUUGGAAAUGUGGAUUUUCUCAAAUACAUUUAUAACAUUGGUCGCGACGACCAUGCUUACUUGUAUCAAAAGCCACAUCUCUCUGUAUCACUACAAUACGGACAAUUAGAUUGCGCACUCUUUUUGAUAGAAUCCCAUUACUCUGAUAUCAAGGUGAGUGGCACAAUUGACUCAACCAUCAUGUCAUUGGAUUUGGUUCGUCGAUUGUUUGAAUCACCAACCAUCCAAAUCAACAACCUUGACGAGUUGCUUGGGUCGAUUGUAAAGGCAAACCAGCCAGAUACUUUGGCAUACGCUCUUACAUUUGACAUGGAGAUGAAUAGUAUCUAUCAAUUAGUGAUACCUUCACUCCGUUUUGAAGAUGCAACCAUGACCAAGAUGCUUUUGGAUCGGUUCACUGAAAUAGGACCGACUCAGUUUAGCUUUUUAUCCGAUAGAUUCACGGCUAUCCAACCACAACCGCUGGAGCUGUUGUAUGCGAUGGGCCAUUCCCUUAGGACUACUCCUCAAUUCCUAGUCAUGUAUCCACCAGAGUGGGACGACACUCCACUCUCUUCCCAAAUCAUUCAAAUCGUCUCCUAUUAUCAACCCAUUCAUGAAACGAUUCCACCAUGGGUUAUCAUGACACGGUACACCCAAUACGACGAUAACAUCGAGUUGUUAAAAGAAGCCAUUUCACAUGUCCAAGACAAUUCCACAAACGAAACGAUAUGCAUUCUAUUGGAGAUAGCAUGUAAGAAUGGAUUGAUCAAAGUGGUAGAAUGUAUUCCUAGUUUGUAUGCUUGGGAAAAUGGAUCUACAUCAAUCUUUCAAACUGCUGUUGAUAAUCAACAAUAUCAAGUUGCCUAUUAUUUGGCAGAAACAUUCAUCAAAACCUUUGCCGGCAAGGUGGACCAAAGUCAUCUAGUCAAUACACCACAAUUAAUAUUGGUCGCGUUAAAUAGAGUAGAUGACGAUCGAGCAUUCCAAACUCUUUGGAAUAUUUUCAAACCAUUCACAACCAAUUCUGAACUAGUCUCUAAUGCAUUGGGAUCUUUGUUAAAGGUCAAUCUAGCCAACCGACAUUUAACAACGAAUCGAUUGGAUCGAAUGAUCGAACAGUAUGGUCAAUUUUACAAUGGCUGUGAAAAAGAUGAAUAUCAAAUGAAACCAUUACAAUUGACCUAUCAGUCCUAUAGAUCCAACGUCAAUCACAUCCUCACAAAAUAUCUAAACUCGACAAAGACAACUAAAUUUUUAGAGCUUAAACAAUUUGAUUAUUCAGAGUAUUAUAGACAAAACAUUAAAUUGUGUCUCAUCCCUCCUCAACCAUUACUUGAAUAA